AAAAAGAAGUUCCGAGGGAAGCCAGGUAUCCUGGCUGCCCAGACGCGGCCUUUAUCCACCAGCUUGAAUCUUUCUUUCAGAUCAUCUUCUCAAAUUAUCCAUAGGAGAUUUAUCCACAUACUCAAUAAGAAAAAUAUUUCUAAUUAUAUCCAACCAUUCUUAAUAUGAAUGAGAAUUAUGUGGGGACGCUAGAUUGCCAAGAGGUAUUUUGCCAAACAAUUCCUUUUGACUUAAGAAAGAAGAGGCAGCUGCAUUGUUUCCAUAGCUAUCCAUAUAAAAGAGCCCUUGGAAUGAGGCUGACUCGUCCUGCUUUAAAAAGCUCCAAGAACUGUCUCAGUCCCAGGCUACAUCUUCUCACUUGCUAACAAGGACCUCUAAGUUCAGCAGCCAUGAGUUCAGACUCAGAAAUGGCUGUUUUUGGGGAGGCUGCUCCUUACCUCCGAAAGUCUGAAAAGGAGCGCAUUGAGGCCCAAAAUAGGCCCUUUGAUGCCAAAACAUCUGUCUUUGUGGCGGAGCCCAAAGAAUCCUUUGUCAAAGGGACCAUCCAGAGCAGAGAAGCAGGAAAAGUGACGGUGAAGACUGAAGCAGGAGCGACUCUGACAGUGAAGGACGAUCAGGUUUAUCCCAUGAACCCUCCCAAAUAUGACAAGAUCGAGGACAUGGCCAUGAUGACUCACCUGCAUGAGCCUGCUGUGCUGUACAACCUCAAAGAGCGUUAUGCAGCCUGGAUGAUCUACACCUACUCAGGCCUCUUCUGUGUCACUGUCAACCCCUACAAGUGGCUGCCGGUGUAUAACCCCGAGGUGGUGGGUGCCUACCGAGGCAAAAAGCGCCAGGAGGCCCCGCCCCACAUCUUCUCCAUCUCUGACAACGCCUAUCAGUUCAUGCUGACCGACCGAGAGAAUCAGUCAAUCCUGAUCACCGGAGAAUCUGGUGCAGGGAAGACCGUGAACACCAAGCGUGUCAUCCAGUACUUUGCAACAAUUGCAGUUACUGGAGAGAAGAAGAAGGAAGAAUCUGCUUCUGGCAAAAUGCAGGGGACUCUGGAAGAUCAAAUCAUCAGUGCCAACCCCCUACUGGAGGCCUUUGGCAAUGCCAAGACCGUGAGGAAUGACAACUCCUCUCGCUUUGGUAAAUUCAUCAGAAUCCAUUUUGGCACUACAGGAAAACUGGCAUCUGCUGAUAUUGAAACAUAUCUGUUAGAGAAGUCUAGAGUUACUUUCCAGCUUAAGGCUGAGAGAAGUUAUCAUAUUUUUUAUCAGAUUACAUCAAACAAGAAACCAGAACUAAUUGAAAUGCUUCUGAUUACCACAAACCCAUAUGAUUACCCAUUUGUCAGUCAAGGGGAGAUCAGUGUGGCCAGCAUCGAUGAUCAGGAAGAACUGAUGGCCACAGAUAGUGCUAUUGAUAUUUUGGGCUUUACCAAUGAAGAAAAGGUCUCCAUUUACAAGCUCACGGGGGCUGUGAUGCAUUAUGGGAACUUGAAAUUUAAGCAGAAGCAGCGUGAGGAGCAAGCAGAGCCAGAUGGCACCGAAGUUGCUGACAAGGCGGCCUAUCUCCAGAGUCUGAACUCUGCGGAUCUGCUCAAAGCCCUUUGCUACCCAAGGGUCAAGGUUGGCAAUGAGUAUGUCACCAAAGGCCAGACUGUAGAGCAGGUGACCAAUGCGGUGGGCGCUCUGGCCAAAGCCGUCUAUGAGAAGAUGUUCCUGUGGAUGGUCACCCGCAUCAACCAGCAGCUGGACACCAAGCAGCCCAGGCAGUACUUCAUCGGGGUCUUGGACAUCGCUGGCUUUGAGAUCUUUGAUUUCAACAGCCUGGAGCAGCUAUGCAUCAACUUCACCAAUGAGAAACUGCAACAGUUUUUCAACCACCACAUGUUCGUGCUGGAGCAGGAGGAGUACAAGAAGGAAGGCAUCGAGUGGACGUUCAUUGACUUUGGGAUGGACCUCGCUGCCUGCAUUGAGCUCAUCGAGAAGCCACUGGGCAUCUUCUCCAUCCUGGAAGAGGAGUGCAUGUUCCCUAAGGCAACAGACACCUCCUUCAAGAACAAGCUGUACGAACAGCAUCUGGGCAAGUCUGCCAACUUCCAGAAGCCCAAGGUGGUCAAAGGCAAGGCUGAGGCCCACUUCUCUCUGAUUCACUAUGCUGGCACUGUGGACUACAACAUUACUGGCUGGCUGGAUAAAAACAAGGACCCCCUGAAUGACACUGUGGUUGGGCUGUACCAGAAGUCUGCAAUGAAAACUCUAGCUACUCUCUUCUCUGGCGCUCAAACUGCUGAAGCAGAGGCAAGUGGAGGGGCCAAGAAAGGUGGUAAGAAGAAGGGCUCUUCUUUCCAGACCGUGUCUGCCCUUUUCAGAGAGAAUUUGAACAAGCUGAUGACCAACCUCAGGAGUACCCAUCCUCACUUUGUGAGGUGCAUCAUCCCCAAUGAGACUAAAACUCCUGGUGCCAUGGAGCAUGAACUUGUCCUGCACCAGCUGAGGUGUAACGGUGUGCUGGAAGGCAUCCGCAUCUGUAGGAAAGGAUUUCCAAGCAGAAUCCUUUACGCAGACUUCAAACAAAGAUACAAGGUAUUAAAUGCAAGUGCGAUCCCUGAAGGACAAUUCAUUGAUAGCAAGAAGGCUUCUGAGAAGCUCCUUGGGUCCAUCGACAUUGACCACACCCAGUAUAAAUUUGGGCACACCAAGGUCUUUUUCAAAGCUGGCCUUCUGGGGCUCCUAGAGGAGAUGCGAGAUGAAAAGCUGGCCCAGCUGAUGACUCGAACCCAGGCCAGGUGCAGAGGGUUCCUGGCAAGAGUGGAGUACCAGAAGAUGGUGGAAAGAAGGGAGGCCAUUUUCUGUAUCCAAUACAACAUCAGAGCCUUCAUGAACGUCAAGCACUGGCCCUGGAUGAAACUAUUCUUUAAGAUCAAGCCUCUGCUGAAGAGUGCAGAAACUGAGAAGGAGAUGGCCACCAUGAAGGAAGAAUUUCAGAAAACUAAAGACGAACUUGCCAAGUCAGAGGCAAAAAGGAAGGAACUUGAAGAAAAGAUGGUGACGCUGUUGAAAGAAAAAAAUGACUUGCAGCUCCAAGUUCAGGCUGAAGCUGAAGGCUUGGCUGAUGCAGAGGAAAGGUGUGACCAGCUGAUCAAAACCAAAAUCCAGCUGGAGGCCAAAAUCAAAGAAGUGACUGAGAGAGCUGAGGAUGAGGAAGAGAUCAAUGCUGAGCUGACAGCCAAGAAGAGGAAGCUGGAGGAUGAAUGUUCAGAGCUCAAGAAAGACAUUGAUGACCUUGAGCUGACACUGGCCAAGGUUGAGAAGGAGAAACAUGCCACAGAGAACAAGGUGAAAAACCUCACAGAAGAGAUGGCAGGUCUGGAUGAAACCAUCGCUAAGCUGACCAAGGAGAAGAAGGCUCUCCAGGAGGCUCACCAGCAGACCUUGGAUGACCUGCAGGCAGAGGAGGACAAAGUCAACACCCUGACCAAAGCUAAAAUCAAGCUGGAACAGCAAGUGGAUGAUCUUGAAGGGUCCUUGGAGCAAGAAAAGAAACUUCGCAUGGACCUAGAAAGGGCUAAGAGGAAACUUGAGGGUGACUUGAAGUUGGCCCAAGAGUCCAUAAUGGACAUCGAAAAUGAGAAACAACAACUUGAUGAAAAGCUCAAAAAGAAAGAGUUUGAAAUCAGCAAUCUGCAAAGCAAGAUUGAAGAUGAACAGGCACUUGGUAUUCAAUUGCAGAAGAAAAUUAAAGAAUUGCAAGCCCGCAUUGAGGAGCUGGAGGAGGAAAUCGAGGCAGAGCGGGCCUCCAGGGCCAAAGCAGAGAAGCAGCGCUCUGACCUCUCCCGGGAGCUGGAGGAGAUCAGCGAGAGGCUGGAAGAAGCCGGUGGGGCCACUUCAGCCCAGAUUGAGAUGAACAAGAAGAGGGAGGCUGAGUUCCAGAAAAUGCGCAGGGACCUGGAGGAAGCCACCCUGCAGCAUGAAGCCACAGCGGCCACGCUGAGGAAGAAGCACGCAGAUAGUGUGGCCGAGCUUGGGGAGCAGAUUGAUAACCUGCAGCGGGUAAAGCAGAAGCUGGAGAAGGAGAAGAGUGAGAUGAAGAUGGAGAUCGAUGACCUUGCUAGUAAUGUAGAAACGAUCUCCAAAGCCAAGGGAAACCUAGAGAAAAUGUGCCGGACUCUAGAGGACCAAAUGAGUGAACUGAAAUCAAAGGAAGAGGAGCAGCAGCGGCUGAUCAAUGACCUCACAGCGCAGAGGGGACGCCUGCAGACUGAAUCUGGUGAAUUUUCGCGCCAGCUUGAUGAAAAGGAAGCUCUGGUGUCUCAGUUAUCAAGGGGCAAACAAGCCUUUACUCAACAGAUUGAAGAACUAAAGAGACAACUUGAAGAGGAGAUAAAAGCCAAGAACGCCCUGGCACAUGCCCUGCAGUCCUCCCGCCAUGACUGCGACCUGCUGCGGGAACAGUAUGAGGAAGAGCAGGAAUCCAAGGCUGAGCUGCAGAGGGCGCUGUCCAAGGCCAACACUGAGGUUGCCCAGUGGAGGACCAAAUACGAGACGGAUGCCAUCCAGCGCACAGAGGAGCUGGAGGAGGCCAAGAAGAAGCUGGCCCAGCGGCUGCAGGCUGCUGAGGAACAUGUAGAAGCUGUGAACGCCAAAUGUGCUUCCCUUGAAAAGACAAAGCAGCGGCUGCAGAAUGAGGUCGAGGACCUCAUGCUUGACGUGGAGAGAACAAACGCUGCCUGUGCUGCCCUUGACAAAAAGCAAAGGAACUUCGAUAAGGUCCUGGCAGAAUGGAAACAGAAAUAUGAGGAAACGCAUGCUGAGCUUGAGGCCUCCCAGAAGGAGGCCCGUUCCCUUGGCACUGAACUGUUCAAGAUGAAGAAUGCCUAUGAGGAAUCUUUGGAUCAGCUAGAAACCCUGAAGCGAGAGAACAAAAACUUACAGCAGGAGAUUUCUGACCUCACGGAGCAGAUUGCAGAAGGAGGGAAACGUAUCCAUGAACUGGAGAAAAUAAAGAAACAAGUGGAACAAGAGAAGUGUGAACUUCAGGCUGCUUUAGAAGAAGCAGAGGCAUCUCUUGAACAUGAAGAGGGAAAGAUCCUGCGCAUCCAGCUUGAGUUGAACCAAGUCAAGUCUGAGGUCGAUAGGAAAAUUGCUGAAAAAGAUGAGGAAAUUGACCAGCUGAAGAGAAACCACAUUAGAGUCGUGGAGUCGAUGCAGAGCACGCUGGAUGCUGAGAUCAGGAGCAGGAAUGAUGCCAUCAGGCUCAAGAAGAAGAUGGAGGGAGACCUCAAUGAAAUGGAAAUCCAGCUUAACCAUGCCAACCGCAUGGCUGCCGAGGCCCUGAGGAACUACAGGAACACCCAAGGCAUCCUCAAGGAUACCCAGAUCCACCUGGAUGAUGCUCUCCGGAGUCAGGAAGACCUGAAGGAGCAGCUGGCCAUGGUGGAGCGCAGAGCCAACCUGCUGCAGGCUGAGAUUGAGGAGCUGCGGGCCACUCUGGAACAGACAGAGAGGAGCAGGAAAAUUGCAGAACAGGAGCUCCUGGAUGCCAGUGAGCGUGUCCAGCUCCUCCACACCCAGAACACCAGCCUGAUCAACACCAAGAAGAAGCUGGAGACAGAUAUUUCCCAAAUGCAAGGAGAGAUGGAGGACAUUCUCCAGGAAGCCCGCAAUGCAGAAGAGAAGGCCAAGAAGGCCAUCACUGAUGCUGCCAUGAUGGCUGAGGAGCUGAAGAAGGAGCAGGACACCAGCGCCCACCUUGAGCGGAUGAAAAAGAACAUGGAGCAGACAGUGAAGGACCUACAGCUCCGUCUAGAUGAGGCUGAGCAGCUGGCCCUGAAGGGUGGGAAGAAGCAGAUCCAGAAACUGGAGGCCAGGGUACGUGAGCUGGAAGGAGAGGUUGAGAGUGAGCAAAAGCGUAAUGUUGAGGCCGUCAAAGGUCUGCGAAAACAUGAGAGGCGAGUGAAGGAACUCACUUACCAGACGGAGGAAGAUAGAAAAAAUAUUCUCAGGCUUCAAGAUUUGGUAGAUAAGCUUCAGGCAAAAGUGAAAUCUUACAAGAGACAAGCUGAGGAAGCUGAGGAACAAUCCAACACCAAUCUAGCUAAAUUCCGCAAGCUCCAGCACGAGCUGGAGGAGGCUGAGGAACGGGCUGACAUUGCUGAGUCCCAGGUCAACAAACUGCGGGUGAAGAGCCGGGAGGUUCACACAAAAAUCAUAAGUGAAGAGUGAUCAUGUACUGAUGCCAUGGAAUGACUGAAGACAGGCACAAAAUGUGACAUCUUUGGUCAUUUCCUGCUGUAAUUAUUAUGUAUUCUACCCUGUUGCAAAGGAAAUAAACCAUAGGGUAGUUUGCAAACAA